UUAUAACAGGCAGAGCGAUAUUUUCAUCCAGAAUAAAUAUAUAUCUAAACACGGUGGAGUGAAAGGAGAUUUAUCACACGCACACUAUUGGUCAAUUCGAGAGGUUAGAGGUCGAUAUGUAAAUAUCCAACAUGGCGGCCCCCGUAGAAGACAUGUUUUCUCGCUGCGUGGAUCCUGUCAAAGCUAGUAAUUUCGUGGAGGUCCGAUUUAUCGAUAAUGUCAAGGGCAAAGGAUUAUUCGCCAAAAGGUCGUUCAAAAAGGGUGACACUAUUUUCAUUGAGCAGCCUCUAGUCUCAUCUCAGUUCUUGUGGAAUGCCUUGUAUAAAUACAGAGCAUGUGAGUACUGUCUGCGUGCUCUGGAGACCGCAGAGGAGAACGCCAGGAGGUUGAGUGGUCUUCCAGCGCUGAGUCUGCCUCACCCUGAGCUGUGUAAGGUGCGACCUGACCGACACCAGGCCUGCCCACAGUGUCAGGUCAUGUACUGCAGUGCUGAGUGCCGGCAGGCUGCAUGGGAGCAGUACCACAAGGUCCUGUGUCUCGGCCCCUCCCAUGAUGAUCCAGAUCACCCAAUCAACAAGCUGCAGGAUGCAUGGAGGAGUGUGCACUACCCUCCAGAAACCUCCAGUAUCAUGAUCAUGGCGAGGAUGGUGGCCACCGUCAAGCAGGCUCAAGAUAAGGGACGCUGGCAGAGGUUGUUCUCUAGUUUUUGUAGUCGCACAGCAAAUGAAGAGGAGGAAAUAGUUCAUAAAUUGUUGGGAGAGAAGUUUCAGGGACAGCUGGCCUUGCUGCGCAAUUUGUUUACCACAGCGAUGUACGAAGAUCGUCUCAGUCAGUGGUUCACUCCUGAAGGAUUUCGCUCUCUGUUUUCACUCGUUGGGACUAACGGUCAGGGUAUUGGCACCAGUUCUCUGAGUCAGUGGGUUCAUGCAUGCGAUGCACUGGAGCUCCCCAGCCAGCAGAGGGAGCAACUGGAUGCUUUUAUCGACCAGUUGUACAAGGACAUCGACAAAGAAACCGGUGAUUUCCUCAACUGCGAGGGCUCUGGACUUUUCCUGCUGCAGAGCUCUUGUAAUCACAGCUGCGUUCCCAAUGCGGAGGCGUCUUUCCCCGACAACAACUUCCUCCUUCACCUCAGCGCCCUCAGUGACAUCAGCCCUGGAGAGGAAAUUUGUAUCAGCUACCUGGACUGCUGCCAGAGAGACAGGAGUCGUCAUAGCCGGCACAAGAUCUUGAGGGAGAAUUAUUUAUUCAUCUGUUCCUGUCAGAAGUGCAUGUCCCAGAUGGAUGAUGCGGAUAUGACAUCGGAGGAUGAGGAGGAAGUGGAAGGAGAAGGCGAAACGGAGGGAGACGAAAUGGAGGAUGAAAUGACAGAUGUGUGAUUUCACUCAGGUUUCUCAGACCACCCAAACCACAUCACUUGUUUGUUUGUGGACCUUUUCGAUGUGAUCCUGACACCCUCCACGGGGCGUAAUAUCUACAGCAGUUGAGAAACCAACAUCACACUAACCGUAGCAGUACAGUUGUUCGGCUGUUAUAACCCUAAUAUCAAACCCUAUGCAAAAUAUAAGUGGUAUUUUUAUCAUGAGCUUAUUUGUCAUGAUUUCAGCCAUGCAAUGUCUCAUAUAAUGCAAGAUUUAUUGUGUUUAAUAAGUCACUCAAGACACUGUUCAUAUGCAGGAUUUUAACUUGAUCGGUUAAACUGAUGAGAUUUUUGUUUUUGAAAUGAGCUUUUGAAAAGUAGCUUCACGCACACACAUUUACACAUAAAAAAACUUUGACCAAGCAUGAAACCCAAUCUGUCUGUGCUCCUAUGGGUUAUAUUAUAUGAUGACCACCAAAAGAACAUGAAUUUUCCAUUUUGUCACAUCUGAGAGGAACUGUACAGUCAUCGGGUAAAGAGGAAGAAGUGACCAGCUUCAUGAUACUUUAAAGUCACUGAAAGUCAGCCAAAUUUACUUCUAAAAUACGUAUUACUUGGUCUUUUUUCUCUUUCUUACAAAAGAAAAAAAGAAAGAAAAUGUUUGUCUUUUAUAAUCUUGUGUAUGUAAAGAUUAGCUCCACCCCUUAUUGACUUUACUUUUCAGCUUACAGUACCUAGGUUGCACUGGUGGAGAAAAUAUUAAUCAGUUUAUGGCCAAAUAACUGUUUUAGCCCAUUAUUGUAGCUGAAGUAGUUUUUCUGAAAUCUUGCCAAUAAUUAAUGUACAUGUAAUAAAGGCGAUGGCAAUAAUAACGGUAGUUAUAUUCAAUAAGAAGCUCUCAAAGCGUGGGUGUCCUCUACAAUCUUUAUUUGUAUAACAUUUUUAACAAUAAAUAAUGUCUUAAAACAGCUUUGCAUAAAAGGUUUUAAACCCCCGGUGAGCAAGCCAGAAGUGACUGUUGUAAAAGAAAUAAAUAAAAAUACCCUUCAAAAGA